CACGUGAUAUAUUGAUUUCCGAGACUGAAGUAAUCCUGUUUACUUCCAGACGCGACGAAAAAAUGUCAAUAGAGCGCGUAAUUAGAGAUCCGUCAUCCUCCGUAUAUUCCACUGUUGGGGGAGGGUAGGGUCGAGUAUUUGAUAGGAUAGGAUAAAUAUAUAUCUAAUACAUACCGAAGUGAAGCAACAAACAAACGAAACUAGUGUCCUGCGAAACGUUUCGGCGUACGUUGAAAAGCCGCGGCGCCUCCUUCGUCGGCAAACACCCACGCCUGAGUGUAACAUGCACUAAUACGUCGGUAGCGUACGCGCUACACACGCGUGCUUAUGCGUGCACGCCGAAACAACCGUGCGAGAGUUGCAAGCGAGGAACGCAUAUACGUAUCACAUUGACGAGUUCCCGCCCGAGUCGGCGGUUGGUCGCUGCUUUGGCAGCUCCUCGUCUCUCUCAGGUAGCAUGCGAGCACGGGGAAAUGAGAGAGAGAGAGAAAGAGAGAGAGAGGGAAGGAACGAGAUGAAGUCGCGGCGAUCAGAACAGAACGGGACGAGGGACAAGCGGAUAAGGAUGGAGAUAAGGGAGCGUGGGAGAGAGAUAGGUCGCGUGAGCGAGAGGAAAAAAUGCAAAGGGGAAAAAACAGGAAGAGAAGACGGGGGAGAGAGACGGAGCGAAGCAACGGUACAGAAGGGGAGAGGAAGAUGCAUGGAAAACAUGGAUGAUGGUGCGAGAAGAAGAGAAGUGGCGGAAGGAAAUGAGCGAGAACCGUUGCUACAAAGAGAGAUUGGAGAAAGAGGAGGAGAGGGGGACGGGUAAAAACGGAGGAAAAGUAACAAAUACCUUGGCGGGAAAGGUUGGUAGGGGACUAAGAAAAGCGGCAGGAAAAAAGAGGAACGAACGGAAAAAGAGUAGAGAGUAGAGAGAAAGAAGAGGAACGGUGGAAAAGGGACGGAGAAACCGCGUAGAAGAGGAACGGUGUAAGGGAGUGAAAGAAGGCGCGAGAGAGAAAGAAAGAGGGGUAGAGCGCUCGUAUGGUCGGUUUGCCGCCUGCCGCGUAGUAGUAGCGUGCCGAGCGAGCAGCAAGCAGUGCCGAACGUCGUCGUCGUUUCUCAGUGUCGCCGCGGCGGUCGUGCCAGACGGUUCUCUUAUACAAGUUUUUCGUAGUGCGCGCGUACCGUUCCGUUCCGUUUCGUUUCGUUUUGUUUCGCUACACGUCAAUUCGGUGCAACGUGCGACGCGCUCGAUUAAAUUGGAUUAAAUACACUUACGCUUGCGGACGUGUCCACAGGAUUAUUGACUCGUGACGAUCUCGUGUCGUUGCCGGGCAAAACGGAAUCAUCCGAAAAAUCACGCGAAGCCAAUAUAUUUUCGAACCGUUCGUUCAAGGAUAUCAACGUUCAGUGAUGUGACAACGAUCACAAUUUUAUCGACGUUCUUCGUUUCGAUACGUCCGAGAUAAAAGGGAUCCCGAUUUGGAGCACAGUGGGAACGAGAAAGGAAAGAGCAGAACGCGAGUUUGAAAAGUGUAACGACGCCGAACGCCACGUGCUACGCUACCGGCGCCAUCGCGAGUUAAACUUCGAAUUUCGCGCGAUGUUCCAUGGUCAAGAUUCGUUGCCGUGAACAAGUUUGACACGUUUGAAAAGUGAAAAAUCGUGGCUCUCCCUCGUGGUCGUGGAACACACGGCGGGUGGCACAUUGUAGCGUGUCUUGUGCCGCGUUUGUACAAGUGGAUUUAACCUUGUGAUCGAACACGUGGAUGCAUGCUGCCCUGUCGACGAUGCUGUGCUUUUGAACGGCCAACCUGUCUGCACGAAAAUUCCAGGUGCGGAAGAAAAUGCGCGUGAGAUCGAGGUGACGGCGGAGAGCAUGGAGACCAUGCAGGACAGCGGCGGGUUGCGCGUCGAUGGCUCGAAAGGAGGUGUCGCUUCGGGUUUGCCCAGCUCGAAAACAGUGAAUCAGUUGAGAAUAGUGGAAAGUGGUGAUGAAAGUGGGAAGAUGGUGAUCCCAACUAAAUCGGAGAUGGAUCCUUACAAGGAGUUGGAGUUGUAUCUCGCCAAAGUCAACGAAGAGAUCGGUGAAAUCAUCGAUUCGGCGCCGUCCACUCCCCUGAUCAUUACAGACGAGCCAAAGUAUCACCACCCCGCGCAGCCGGCGGUGGUGCAGCCGGCUCGAUACGCGCUCGUCGAGCCAAUCGUCAAAAAUUCGUCGGCCGCGAAAAGCCCGAGACGCCACCACAACCCCUCCGGGUGCAGGGGCUGCAACGCCGUCGAGGACAUCGGCGAUUGGUCGAACAACAUCCUCGCCGAGUUCAACACGAUAAUCGCGAACGAGAUCGACGAGCUGACCAGGGAGCUCGAGCGGAAGAGGAGCAAGGAGGAGGAGGCGAGGGUGGUGCGUUACAAGGAGCUGUUGAACGAGUUCGGGAUCUCGGACAGCGAGAGCUCGAUCGGGAGCUCGUGCGAGGCGGCCGGCCAUCAUUUCUGUCGGUCCACGUGCUCGUCCCGGCCGGGCAACAACGAGAUCAUCCGCGACCGACGAAACGGCAAGUUGUUCAACGACGCCUUCCUGUUGAGCUACGACGCCCCGCCCGAUCGCCUCGUCUCGGCGAGGAACGAUCGAAGGAAGAGCGGCAGCCUGCCCGAGGAUCUGCAACGCUUGAUAGGGGAGCGCGCCAGGUAUUACCCCUCCUCCCCUGACCCGAAUCUCGACGACGACGACGACGCUCGCGAUCCCUCCUCGGCGUUCGUGGAGGAUCAUCGUCGGGUCGAUCUGAAUACAUCUAGUCUACCUUCGAAACUGGACCGUGGACGCGCGAGCGGCGGGGAAACGGAGGAGCUCAAGUACCUUGGAAACGAUCAACCAAAGAAACGCGAUGUAGUAGAGAUAAGUUCGAGGGGCGGCGAGGACGAGAAGAGGGAUGGAUCGAGCUGUUCUCGGGUCGCCGGGUCCGUCGGGCCGGUCGUCGAGACGACGGACGAGUCGUGCGCGAAAUUACCGCCGAGGCAACGCGACGCCCACAGGAAGACCAGCCUCCCUGUGAAUUUGACGGGGGGGAAGAGGAGAAGGGCGCCGAGGUUGGUGAGAAUUCGACGGGCGGAGGAUCCAUCGCAGAGCGCGAUGGACGGGGAUGGGUACGAGGCGGAGGAGGAGAAGGUGGGGAGGUCGUUGGACGGGAACGGGCCUAGAUCGGCCCCCGUCACGCCAACGGAGGAGAAGAAGUCCCCGUUCUCGAAGAUCCUGUGGAAGAAGCACGCGCCCGUGUUUCACGAGAGCACGGACGACGUUGUCCUCGUAAGGGUGUCCUCUUUGCCGGAUCAGGAUUUCCUUCAUCUCGACAACGAGGCGUCGCGGGCGAAGAACGGUUGCGCGAAGGAGUGCGGCCUGUCGAAGAAGAGGGCCGUGUCGCCUCUCACCUUGCGCUCGGACAUAUCCGCGAAACGGUUGUCCGAGUCCGACAAGGACGUGAGACAGGUGAGUCCCGUGGAUUUGAAGAAGUUCUCGCUCUCGAGAUCGAGGGGAAACGACGUCGGGGUGAGUUGCGAUCUUCCGGAAGACGACAACGUUGGAUCCAUCGGGAGCGUGGACAGCGGCAAGUUCGAACGGGUGGAGAACGUGGACGUGAAGAAGAUAUUGGACGAGCAGAAUUCCAGAUCCGGUUCGCUGCCGAUUUCUCUUCAAUCCCUGUUAUCGAAGAUCCGAAACGGGUCCGGCUCUUGCUGCCCGAACAGCCCGCCGAUGGAUUCCCUCACUUGUUCCGACAUAGCGACGCAAACUUCCCCAGCUAUUUCCAGAAGUUUCAGCUUCACGUGGGUCAGUGAUUGCGACUCCCCGCGAGCGGAAUCGCAGAUGGAUUCGCAGUCGCUGCAGGACGAGAGCACGUUGGAUCCUGCCUCGCCGCAAGACACGGUGGACGACGACAAUAGAUCGUCCUCGUCGUCUCAAGAUCUUCUUCAGAGCAUGGACGAGAUUUCCUCCGGAAGUAUGUCGCCGGAUACGACCGACAGAGCAUCUCCUUUGGAGAGCGGUAUCGGCACUGCCAGCCCUCCUAGAAGCACCGAUCGACGGAUAGUUAAGCCCCCGUCCUCAGCUAAGUGUCACCGGAAAGAGACCUGGGAGAGGAUCCGGCGACGUCCUUCCAAGUUGAACUCGCGGAACGACAAACACUCGCAGGACGUGUGGAUCAAGCGCGAGAGCGUGCACACCCAGACGAAGGAGAACGAGGACCAAUAUUCCCAGGACGCGGUGGACAGCAGCAGCGGCCUCGACGACACCCUGCCGAGGAUCAAGCCGCCUCGGCCGACCAAUCUGCCUCUGUGUCUGUCCACCACCGCGAGUAGCUCCCUAAGCUCUGGAGAAUUAUUGGAGACACCGCCGCGAGCACCGUCGUCCCCAUCCGCCGCCAGCCUCCAAUUGAAACCGGAACCGCUGAGCGUGGAAAUGGGCGGAAAGAGCAGCAGUGCACCCUUGUUGGAGAACAACGAUCCGGAGAAAGCGAACGGGAAGGUGCCGAGUUUGCAGCAACCACGCUCGCAGUCGGAACGCCAGCUAUCAGAGAUCGAAGCGCAAGAGGCUUGCAAAUGGUUGAGGGCGGCUGGUUUUCCACAAUAUGCGCAGAUGUAUGAGGAUUACCAAUUCCCGAUUGACGUAUCUGGCGUAGCCAAGGACCACCCCUUCCUCGAGACUGAUUCCCUGCAGAGCCUAUUUCGACGAUUGCACGCUCUUAACCGAUGCGCCAAUAUGAAGAUCGACACUCACCAUACGCACAGCACUAGUCACAGCAAAAGCGGUGGCGGCGAUGAUUCGGACGAGGACACGCAGUGCGCCCUCAGCGAGAAUUGGACGUUCGAGAAGAAGACGAGACGCUGGUCCCGCGUGUGCGACAUGACGCAGGCGAACGUGGAGCGGUUGCAGGCGAUCAGCAGCGGGCAGACGGUGCAAUCCGAGGAGGAUUCCCUGGAGGAUCGGUUGGAGGCGGAGGAGGCCGAGGACACGAUGCUCGACACGCUCAGAUACAGCAGCCUGCCACCUGGCACGCUCCCCGACGAGAUCGGGCCGAGAUUUCGCAGAACCGGGUCCGAGAGGCUGAGGGACGGGGCGAAAGCUUUCCUGAGGCGGGUCGAGUCGUUGAAGUCGAGGCGACGAAAGCACCAAAAUCGGGACGGGAUCGUGAUCAGCGGCCCCCAAAUACUGGACGUGAUCUCGAUGCAGCAGAAGAUGAAGGAGCUUAACUGCGUGGACGUGUCGCCGACGGGCCCCUCGCCUGUCUCGUUCAACGAUCUUCUGCCUGGCUCGCCUCUCCACGUGCCCGGAUCGCCCGUCACGCUGCCCGCGUCCCCCUAUCACCUGCCGCCCUCGCCCCUGGCCAACGCGCCCAGCCCGUUCGGCGACGAUUCGUCGAGCUAUUGCUCGGACGGGUCGCAGGGAGGUGGCCCCACACCCACGCCGACGCGGACGAAGAUGAACCGGGCUAGGAGGUUCUUGCAUCGGGGCAGGGAGGAUCAGGGCGCGCUCAGCGACUCCGAGUGUCAGCCCACCAAUUGGCGGCACAGGUAUUUCAGAGACGCGAACAGCAAUCACGCUAAAGUGUUGGAGUACGUGGCCGCCCAUCCCCAAAGCCCCAAGGAUUCGCCGACCAAAACCCCCAUAAAUAGCCGCGGGGGAAGUCUGAAUCUUGGGAAGGAGUCGCAGAGGUACAGGGACAAGUUGUCCCAGGGCCAGAAUCAGGAGAGGUACAAGGAGGACAAGGUGGCCGCGUUGAAGAGGGAGGACAAGAUGCACAAGAGUUUCAGGCAUCGCGACGAUUCUUACAGGGAGGGGGGGAAACCUUUGUCGAAAGAGGUGGUGACGGUCUACAGAGAGAAAUCGAGAUCGAGGAGUUCGGAGCUGGCCGGAAGUCAAGAGAGCAGUUCGACGGUUGCCAGCCGUGAUUCGGAUCAGGAGGAGGACUCGCCGAGGCACAAGGGUACCGUUGUCAGGUGGCACAGUUUCCAGAGGGGAUCCCUGUACCCGGAGCCGCUCGACCCCCUGUGCCCACGUGCCAUGGCCUCGAUGUCGUGCGGCCAACUGUUGGUGCUGAGGAAGUUGGCGCUGUUGAAGCUGACCGCUUGCAUGGAACGAUAUUGCCCGACUCAUCGCACCGGGUGGAACUGGGAGCUGCCCAAGUUCAUCAGGAAGAUAAAGACCCCCGAUUACAAGGACAAGACGGUGUUCGGGGUGCCGUUGCUGUUGUCCCUGCAGAGAACCGGCCAGGCAUUGCCAAAGUGUAUUCAAAUAGCGCUCAGAUGGCUGAGAGCGAACGCCCUCGACCAGGUUGGGAUCUUCAGGAAGAGCGGGGUCAAGUCGAGGAUACAGAAAUUGAAAAUGAUGACCGAGACAUUGGGGGAUAACAUCAAUUUCGAUGGCCAGCAGGCGUUCGACGUGGCCGAUCUCGUGAAACAGUACUUCAGGGAAUUGCCGGAAGCUCUGUUAACCAACAAAUUGUCCGAGACCUUCAUCGCUAUCUUCCAACACGUACCUGUUAAACUGCGGCCGGACGCGGUUCAAUGCGUUCUUCUUCUUCUGCCGGACGAGCAUCGGGAGGCGUUGGAGACUCUGCUCGAUUUCUUGAACCACGUAGCGAGCAACGCUCCCUACAACCAAAUGACAGCCUCGAACCUGGCCGUGUGCCUGGCACCGAGCCUGUUCCACUUCAACCACAGUAACACGAACGUGACCAACAGGUCGAGCAGCGUAUCGCCACGUAGGAGAAAGACCGUGGGCAUUCCCGAUCAGAGGGAACUGUCGGAAAACAAAGCCGCUCACGACUGUCUUCUGUAUCUGGUCAAGAUGCAUCGUGAAUUAUUCAUGGUUUCUUCGGAUAUGUUGAUGCAGUGUCAUUUUAAUUAUAUGGAAGAAAGCGUGCCGGUCGCCUUGGAGGAAUUGGGAUCCGAAUUGAAGCAAGAUUGGAGAGGAUAUCUUUACGCGUGUACCACCGCUUUGUUGAAAGAAGCGCGUGAGAAAAGUCGAGGAUGGGUCACCGUGAACAAUCCGGCAGACAGUACGGUAGAGAUGGCGUACAAGAAAGUAGGUGACGGACAUCCACUUCGACUGUGGCGAGUGUCGACCGAGGUUGAAGCUCCACCGAACGAGCUUCUUCAUCGCGUACUGAGGGAGAGGCAUAUCUGGGAUCCUCAGCUUUUGAAGUAUAGAUUGGUCGCCAAGCUGGACACCAACGUGGAGGUCUUUCAAUACGCCACUGGGAACAUGAGUCCUCUUCCUGCCAGGGAUUAUUGUGUGCUAAGAUCCUGGCGUAAUGAUCUCCCCAAAGGGGCCUGCGUUAUCGUAGAAACGUCCGUGGAACAUCCGGAUGCUCCUGUCAUGCUUGGUGGAACACGUGGUAUUGUUUUAGCAUCUCGCUAUCUCAUCGAACCUUGCGGUAGUGGUAAAUCACGGAUCAUGCAUCUUUCCAGAGUGGAUACAAAAGGACGCACUCCAGAAUGGUAUAACAAAAGCUACGGUCACCUUGCUGCCCUUCACCUCAGUAAAAUUCGCAAUUCCUUCAAGCACACGACGGACGGUCCCGAGAGUAAAGUCUGAGAGGAAGCAACCGUGCAACGAUCACCGUUGCACGGUCCUCACACGACUCUGGAGGAACAGGAUGAUCAAAAUCAGGAGCACAGGAUCCUGAAGGAUGUGCGACAGGUUCAACCUACCAUUGACGAGGAAUAAAAGUAACAUCGAUGGUCGUAUCGUAUAUACCUCAUCGAUAACAUUACCAAGAAUUUAGAAGAUAUCGAAGAAAAUAAUGGAUCUACGAGAAAAAUUCAACUCGUUAUCGAAGAUGAACCCCAUCGAGCGCUUCUCGAGUUGAUUGAAACAAUACUUAUAAAGGAAAAUAGAGGAAGCGAGAAAAAAAAAAAAGAAGAAGAAGAAGAAACAAGAAACGUUAACGAUACCAUGCACAAGCUUUAAUCGAUGUGAAGCAAUUUUUGUUGAAGCCUGAGAUGUAUAGCGUUAGACGUCGAAUUAUUAUUAUUAUAAUUAUUAUUAUUAACCAUGUUGUUAGAGGAUGAAAAAGAAAAGAAUUUAUUGUUAUCGUAAUUAUAAAAAUUCUCUCUGUUUGACGUUUUAUUGUCCAAGGAUCUUGCCGUCCAGUGAUCGUUAAAGAAAAAUAAUAAUAUAAAAAAAAAAAAAAAAAAAAAGAAAAGGAAAAAGAAAUGGCAGGAGACCGAAUUGAAAAUGGGCUAGUACGUGUUUCUCCCCCCCCGUGUAUGAUGUAGGAUAUAAUAUAUUAUUUUUACAAGUAUCCAUAAUCCGAUGUUAUAUCGCUAAUCGAAGUUCCGCGAACGAAGCUUUUAUCCUCGGCGAUAACAAAUAUAAUAGAGAAUAUAUGAUUCGCGAUGUUUCGUCGAAGUAAGAACAAAAAUGCUGCUACCCUAAUAACGAGUAAAACCGAUGCCUUCUCAGAUGAUUUGAUGACUAGAUGAUUUUAAUAAUCGUAUCGAUUGAAAUAUUAUACGCGAAGCAUGUAAAAGAAAAAAAAAAAGAAAGAAAAAAGAAAGAAAGAAAAAAAAAAAGAAAAAAAAAGGAGAAAAAAGAAAAAAAGGACGUUAAAAAAAAUAUUUUUCGAUCGUAGUUAUGCUACAAAAUGCAGUCUGUGUAUUUUCCGCGUCGCACGAUGUUUUAAUCUCACCAAAUGAUAUAUAAGCGAAAUAUAUUAGAUAGGAGAAAAAGAAGAAGUCGCGCACAAUAUUAUAUUUCACCGUUAUAUAGCGUAUAAGAGAUCCCUAUUUUGUAUGUUUCUUUCGGACCAAAUGCCAAUUUUUCUAUUGUAUAUCAUAUCACGCUGUUGUAUCGAGUAUCUCGAGAACAUGGUUCUUUUAGAACGAUUCUUUUUUUGUAAAUGUCACGACCAGGAGAAAAAAACCUGUGUGUAAAAUUGUUCGUACGUUUAUUAUAUGGAUACGCAUUAUACAACAUAUGCGUAAUGUAAUUCUAUAUUUAUAUACAACAAAGAAAAAAAAAAGAAAAAAAAAAAAGAGAAAAGAAAGAUCGACAAAACGCGAAACAAACGUCGUCCAAUGCGUUCUGCUUGUGCGUUCCAAUGUUUCCAAAUUGCGUUUUUUUUUUUUUAUCAGAUGGUCGUAAAUUACGCCCUAGGCCCCCAUCCACGUGUACCCUAUUAUUCACGAUUAAUCCGAUUUAAUCGAGCAAUGCGAAAGGAUUUUGAGUAAACGUGUAAGUUCUCGCGCCCUUAGCUAAUUAUAUAAGGGCGUACAAUUUAAACUCGUGUUUAAUUAAGCAAUCGUCAUUGUCUUAUAUCGAUGUUGAAGCGUUGAAAGAAGAAAAAUUGUCACACAGAGUCUAUUGUUAAUUGUCUCUCUGAAAUUGUAAAUGUGAAAUCGCGAGCCGGCAGUUUCGGGGAAUUAAUUGUUUUCUCGGCCAGUCGAUCAUUUAAAGACGUGAUCGUCGUUUGUUCGAAAUAACGUUCGUGCAUGCACCAUGAAUUAUUAACGCAUAUUAUAGGGACCACCUUCGUUCGGACCCCUCACUCCCUCCCCCUUCAUUCUCCCCCGUAAAAACACCGUAGAAUAAAACUAAUGAAAAAGGAAGGGAAUAUGAUAUAAUACCGGAUCGAGAAGAGAAACGACCUGGAGAUAAAGAUACACCUCAUCGAAUUAUAAGUGUAUUUUAACAUAAUACUAGUCAACUUACAAUUUAGAUGAAGUUACGAAUACGGAUAAUAAGUGUAUAGAUUUUUAUUCUACGAACGUUACGUCGAGAAUAUUUAAUUAUUAUUAUUAUUAUUAUUAAUUAUUAUUAUUAUUAUUAUAUUAAUAUUAUUAUUAUAUUAUUGAUAUAGAGUAAUUAUAUAUGGAGAAGAAAGAAAUAUAUCGAUGAUAUUUUUGUGUCCAAAAAACGCCAGUAGGGAGCACGAAUGAAUGAAAGUGUAUGUUGUGAAAGUGUAUGUAUGAGAGAGAGAGAGAAAGAGAGGAAAAGAGAGAAAUGAAGAGAGAGAGAACACACGUCUGCAUGUUUCUCCGUUAUUUGUAACGAUAUAUGACCGUCUUUAUUCUUGUAAUCCGUGUUUCACUAGAAUGUAAAUAUGUAUAUUAUACAAUAAUGAAACACGAUUAUAUACUCAUUAAA